UUGCUUUCAAAAACUUACCCAAUUGGAAUUUUUGUUACUGUGUUCAAGAGACAGAAGAAAGUCAAGAACUUUCAGCUGAGAUAAUGCCCAACUGCUCAAGUGUACUGUAAUUUUUUAUCAUUUGCAAAAUUACCUUCUGUGACAGAGAAAAGGGUGAUGAAUUUGACAAAGUUUGAUGCUUUUUAGGAUCGCAUAAGGAUAUCUUGGAUUGCUUUCGAAGUUUAUGCUCGUGGGAACGAUGCCUACCUCUACAAUGCCCAUCCCACGGGUAGCAUCUAAUUUUGAUGAGGUUUCUAUGCAUCAGAGCUUGCUCUUCUCUGAUAGUCUCAAGGACUUGAAGAAUUUGAGAAGACAAUUGUACUCAGCAGCAGAGUACUUUGAACUGUCAUACACAAAUGAUGACCAGAAACAAAUAGUGGUAGAAACAUUGAAAGAUUAUGCCAUUAAGGCUCUCGUGAAUACGGUGGAUCAUUUGGGUUCUGUUACAUAUAAGGUUAACGAUCUCUUUGAUGAAAAGGUGGAUGAAGUUUCUGGCACAGAAUUUCGGGUAUCUUGCAUUGAACAGAGGAUAAGGACAUGUCAAGAAUACAUCGAUCAUGAGGGUCUUUCUCAACAGUCGUCGAUUAUAGAUACUCCUAAAUACCACAAGCGGUACAUCUUUCCAGUUAGUGAGACCAUGCACGAAGGCAGCAGAAAUAAAUCCAAAUACCAAGGAUGCAACCUAGAUGAUGAAGACGAAUGGCAUCAAUUUCGGAAUGCUGUUCGCGCUACAAUUAGAGAAACCCCACCAUGUACAGUCAGCAAAGGGCGUUCUCUGUCUCCUUCUCCACAACCUCCCCAGCGACGUGGAGUUUUUUCUUUUACCUCUACCAUGCCUAAAAAAGAAUCAGACAAGCGAACAGUUUCACCUCAUCGAUUUCCACUUUUACGGUCUGGAUCUCUUGCAAGUAGGCCAACGACCCCAAACAAAAGUCGGUCAACUACCCCGAACUCAAGUAGGCCGACAACUCCAAAUCCUGCUAAUGCCAGACGACGGCACCCUUCGGAGCCUCGGAAGUCAGCUUCAAUGCGAUUGCCUGCUGAAAGAGAUAAUGGCAGGGAGGUUGAACAAUACACCAGCAAAAGUAAACGGCUACUCAAGGCCUUGCUUAGCCGGCGAAAGUCAAAGAAAGAUGACAUGUUAUACACGUACUUGGAUGAAUACUAGAUAUUGAGAAUGGACAUUGGAAGCAGAAAAUUGCCGCUUCCAGCUUUCGCAUUCGUUUGAUUACCUUUUCCUUUCUAUAGAGCAAUGUACGUUUUCAAAUUUAUAAACAGUAUGGUAUAUAUAUCAAUAUUACUUCCCAUUUCAGAAGUUUGCUUGGCAA